UCGGCCCUCCAUGGAAGUGGGGCACCACCAGCUGUGUCGGCCCUCCAUGACCCCGUGCCCGAGCAGGGGGCUGCCCCAGAACUGUCCCCAGAAGACCCGCAAGAAGCUCCAAGUCAUCAUCUGCAUCCUGCUGGUGGAGCUGUUUGAGAGGUUCACCUUCUUUGGGAUCGUGUGUAACAUGAUCCUGUUCUGUACGGUCAAACUGGGCUAUGAUCACUACCAGGCUGCUACCGUCAACUUGUGCUUUGUUGGGGCCAGCACACUCACUCCUGUGCUGGUGGGAUGGUUUGCUGAGACCUGCCUUGGGAGAACCAAGGUGCUCUACUUGUGCGCUCUUCUCCACCUCUUUGGCACAGCCAUGCUCCCAGUGGUGGCGUUCCCGUUCGAGGACUUCUACAUCGACACACACAACAUGAUCCACCAGCUGGAGCACCGGGAGCAGCACAUCCUGUUCUACACUGGCCUGCUGGCAGCUGCCCUGGGCAUCGGCGGCAUCCGUGCCAUCCUCUGUCCCAUGGGGGCAUACAAACUACAGGGCUACGACCAGCACCAGCUACUCUCCUUCUUCAACUGGUUCUACUGGCUGGUGAACCUGAACUCGACGGUAGUGUUUCUGGGUAUCGCCUACAUCCAGCAGUCAGUGGCCAACAACCUGGGAUUCCUCAUCCCCUUCAUGUCUGUGCUGCUGAUGCUCAUAACCAUACACAUGGUCCGCAACAACCUCAUCUUCAGGCCCAAGAAAGGCAGUUCCCUGUUGACCACUCUGGGGGUGUUCCUGAACUCUCUGAAGAUGUGCUGCCUGCACUACCGCCACCUGAGUGGGGGCGUGGCCAGCUGGCUGGACCGCGCCAAGGAGAACAACGGGGGGUGCUACAGUGAGACGCACGUGGAGAACGUCAAGGUCCUGGCCAGGCUCUUCCCCCUGUAUGGCUUGCAGAUACUGUACCGGGCCUGCAUCACUCAGAUUCCAGCAGGUUACUACAUUCAGACCAUGAACUCUAACCUGCACCUGAACAGCUUCCUCCUGCCCAUCGGUGCCAUGAACGUCAUCAGCAUCCUACCUCUGCUGCUGCUGGCCCCUCUCAUGGAGUGUGUCACCUCCUGCUACCUGUCCAUGGAGAAAACACCCUUCUCCCCCGCCAGAGUCAUUACGCUGGGUCAUGCGUGUGCGGCCCUGUCUGUCCUGGUAGCGGGCCUGUCUGAGGUCCACAGAAAGGGCUAUCCUCUGACGGAGCAGGCCCUGUCAGGGAAGGUGCUCCAGGUGUCCUCCAUGGCCUGCUUCCAGCUGGCUCCCCAGUACAUCCUACUGGGGCUGGCUGAGGCCCUCGUCACCCCUGCCUGCUCUGUGAUCUCCUUCCACCUGACACCCAGUCAUAUCAGAGGCAUCUCCCUGCACUUCCUCACCCUGUCCUACGGAGGGGGCUGUUUCCUGGGAGCCCUCAUCAUCCAGCUGGUCUACCUACUCUCUGGAGGUAACUUCUACCCAAACACACUGCAUGAAGGGAAUCUGGAGCAUUUCUUCUUCUUCUUAGCCAUGUUGAUGACCAUAAACACUCUGGUGUUCUGGUGGAUAUCUUCCAGGUACCUAGACCUGAGUGUGGUGCAGUGUAGAGGAGUAGGAAGCAGCCUUCUGGCAGAGAAACUCCUGCAGUACAAGACCUGCCUGCGAUUCUACGACACCAUGGAAUGCUCCUCCACAACAUCCUCCAUAGACACAGUGUUGUGACCUCUACACUACCUUUGUCCCCUGUAGCGCUGGACUUCCACUUGCUUUAUUUAUGUACACUACAUGACCAAAAGUAUGUGAACACCUGCUCGUCGAACAUCUCAUUCCAAA